UUCCCAAUGAAAACCGGCCAUUGUGCACAGGGGCUGGGCGUUACUUGUGUUGACGUUGGACCAUUAUACACAACAGCUGACAGCUAGAGUUGAAACAAACACAGUAUGGGUAGCCCCCAUUGGUCCUGCUGACAGCCUAUAGGAGAAGACCUCGGCCAUGCAAGGGUUCUACUCCAAACUCGACUCCUCCCCUCAAGCGGGAGGGGGCAUGUCCAUGCCUCUCAGCCUCGCCGUGGAGACGGAGAAGGCCCAGGCCCUCCUCCAGACCUUCAGCUCUGCCUCCGUGCUGGCGUCCGCAGGGUUGGGCCUGUUCUGUGUGCUGGCAGACCACAUCCUGGUCCAGCUCCAGCAGCACCUGUGGCUCCGGGCCCUGCUGGACAACGGCGUCCAUGGCCUGGUUGGGCUCUGGUCUUGGGCCAUUGUGAUUGGGUUGCGGAAGAGGAGCGACCUGUAUGAGGUCCUGCUGGCCGGGUUCCUGGCUUCGGCCAUAGACCUGGACCACUUCUACAUGGCGGGGUCUCUGUCGCUCAAGGCAGCGGUCAGCCUCCCCCAGCGGCCCCCGCUGCACUGCUCCAGCCUCAUCCCUGUGCUGUGCCUCUCCCUGAGGCUGCUCAUGUGGCUGGGCAGGCUGAAGGACUCCUGGUGCUCCCUGCCCUGGAUGCUGCUCAUCGCCAUGGCGUCCCAUCACAUCAGGGACGGCACCCGCCACGGCCUCUGGGUCUACCCUUUCGGACACACGGCGGCCAUCUCCUAUUGGCUGUACGUGUGCACCACCGCCACCCUGCCUCACCUGUGCUCCGUGCUCAUGUACCUGACCGGGACCAGGGACAUGAUCUCCACCAAGCACGGGGUCGCCAUCGACGUUUGACCCCCCUGACCCCUUCACCUCUAACCGGGACCACUGAUGUGAUCUCCAAGCACGGGGUCGCCAUCGACGUCUGACCCCCCUGACCCCUUCACCUCUAACCGGGACCACUGAUGUGAUCUCCAAGCACGGGGUCGCCAAAUGACCUCUUCCCCCCUGACGGACACCAGAGACUCUUAUUAUCCCACAAUGCCUCACUCAUCUCUAUGUGAAAUUCUGGCCGCAGCCUACGGCUACACUGAGACUUAAACCCCAAAUCUUCUACUACCUAUCUCUCUCUCUCUCUCUCUCUCUCUCGUGUCCCCUCUUCUCUACCUCCACUUCUCUAUGUAUGCUCUACUUUCUCUGCUCCUAUAUCUUUCUCUUUCUUGACCAAGCUAAGAGUCGGUCUCCUGCCUCUGCGUCUGUCAGUCAGUGAUUUGGUGAUAAGGUGGAUUUUUACUGUUGGAAACAUCUCUAUGAAUGACAUAUUUCUUAGUACUGUACAGGGUGUGUGUGUGUGUGUGUGUGUGUGUGUGUGUGUGUGUGUGUGUGUGUGUGUGUGUGUGUGUGUGUGUGUGUAUGCAUGCUUGUGAGUGCCAAGCUGACACCACCAUUCUAUGAUUCCAUGUAUGUAAAUUAGAGCUUUCCCAAACCACCUUCUGGUGGGGAUGCUUGUUGUUAGUGGAUACAGUAGCUGGUGUAGUUCACAUUAGAAAAGUCACUUCUUCACACUGUCCCCAAGUUAGACUAGGAGCACUACAACCAUCAACAACACCUUUACAUUCCUUAUAUGUUCAAUAUUCUUUGUGACUUUUGAUGAUUUUUAACCUUCAUCGCAUUUUUUACUUUUGACGAGCCAACUUUUGACCACGUAUGAAGUUACUGCAUUUGGGAGAGGGAUUUGCAGGUUACCAUUCUGUCCACCAGGGGACAUUAUGGAGUCACAUUCUCUCAGUUUACACAGAACUGAGCUUUCCAAUCUGGGUUCUAAAGAAAUACAAUUUCUCUACCUAGCUGCUGGUGUUACAGCUUAAGAAGUGGUUCAGCUUAAGAACGGACUAACUAGGCUAUUGAAACCAGUCAAACUAAGCUAGAGUUGGAGAGCAGAGCAGGUUUGGAGUUUAAAACCACAGGAGGGUAGCUGUCCAAGAACUGGGUUGUAGAUAACUGAGAACAGGGUGCAUAAACCCCCCAGUUUCAGCGAAUCUCCUUUACAUGUGAGCUCACUCUGCAAACACCAAACUUCUACUGUACUACUGCUGCUGUACUAAUGUGUCUUUAAUUAAUGCAAUAUGUUGAAUUGUGCACAUUUUAUUUAAUGCAUUUUGUUGGUUUGGAAUAUUAUUUAUUGACUUUCUAUUUUUUAUGUUAGCCGUCCAGUUAUUUCAGAUUGGUUUGAGGUCUGUGUGAUUAAGGGGAGACUGGGUUGUUGGAAACAUUGUUCUUUUUAAGAAUUAAUCCGAACAUAAACUGA